CAGAAGAAGAACAUAGAAUUGGAAAUGUUAAACGGAGGGAAAGAUUUUGGUGAUACUGGGAUCAUGGCGCAAAUUGGUAGACUGGACGAGUAUAAACCGGAAAAUGAAUGUUGGUCAGCGUACAUCGAACGUGUGGAACUGUACAUCAUAGCAAACGAUGUGGACGAUACAAAGCAAGUAGCGACUUUGCUUAGUGCUAUGGGUGCGUCAACGUAUGGAUUGUUACGAAACUUGGUUUAUCCGGAGAAGCCAAAAGAUAAAACGUUUGAGGAGAUUGUGGACAUUCUCAAAUCUCACUUCGAAACACAGCCGUUGGUAGUUGCUGAACGUUUUCUCUUUCAAAGUUGCGCACAAAAACCCCAUGAGACUGUAUCCCAAUAUGUUGCCGAACUUAAACAGUGCGCAUCGAAGUGUGAGUUCGGCGGAAAUUUGGAUGAAGCUCUGCGCGACCGUUUUGUUAGUGGAAUACAAAGUAAAUCAUGCCAGCGAAGACUGCUUUCGGAGCACAGGCUCACAUUUUCACGAGCACUUGAGAUCGCUCUCAGUAUGGAAACAGCUGAUCAGGACACGAAACAGAGAGAGGUGGAUUGUUCUGCAGCGACCAUGCAAAAGUGGCUUUUCUUUGCAGUUCUUCCCAUAAGGCCUGCACCCCUGAGUCUUCUCUUUACUGUUGAACAUGAAACUGGUGUUGAGCAGAUUCAUGUUACCAUUUGUAAGGAUGGAAGUUCUCCUGGACCUAUUUCUCUUGGCGAAAAUGAGUACAAAUGCCCAUUUUGUCAUAAAGUUGGAGGGUAUCCUUCUCUGGUGGCACAUGUACAGACCCAUGAGAAGUGUGUUGUAAAAUUUAAAGGAUAUAAAAUAUAUAAAUGCCACCUAGGAUGUGCAGGAUGUGGACACUAUCACUGCAGCUUUUGCUUCCGAAUUAUAAUUCGAAAAAACUUAUUUAGUAACCAUUUACAGAAGUGUGCUACAGUCCACCUAUCUACAGAGGCCCCAAAUGUAUGUUCAGGUCUUAGCGCCUUAAAACCAGCUAGCUGUCCAUCGGCUCACAACAGCUCACCAGUAUCUGCCAAGUGUGAUCCUAUCCCUUUAACAUCCUCAACAAAUUAUCCUAAACCUUUAACAACAACUGGUCUGCCUGUAGCUUUUACUCUUUCACUGGCCCCCAGUACUUCUGGAUCUUCUAGUCAUUCUGCUACAUGCAUCAGACAGAUUGACCACAAAGCUUCUGAAACUCAGGUUUCCUCCAGGACUCCACUUUUACUCAACUUCUUUACAGCCCCGAAGACUGCUGUUUUGUAUCCCACAGUUACAAUACCAUCUGACACUCAAAAUAAUGCAUCAGCAAACCCAGCCGAAAGCAUUUCCACCUGUAACAAAAAAAUAACUAAAUCGAUGCUUAAGAGAACAACAUGCUGCUUUUGCAACAAGAUUUUUAACAAGAAAAACAUGAAGAUUCACAUUCAAAGACGUCACUCGUUGUCUAAUCUAGAUGUAAAUUAGAGUUUUGUGAGACAAGUCGACUAAAUGAUACUGCUGCUUCUAGUUGGCAUAGGAAAUACUAAUUGGUUAAAAAAAAAAUUCGCCCCAUUAAACUUUACUCUAGCUGACUGAUAAAUUGUUAAAUUAUCUUUUAUUCUGUGAGUGUAUGUCAUGUUCAAGGACAAUAUAUUAGGUUUACAUUUCUAAUAGGUCUAUUUUUUUCAACCCUAGCUAAAGUUAUUGGCUAUUUGUCUUUUCUGAACAGCUGUCAUGUCUUGUUGUAGCUAGAUCUUUUUUCUUUUCUUUUUUCAUAGACUUUGCUUACCUGUUAAUUAUUUUCACCAAUGUGCUGAAUAUUAUAUGUUAGGUAACUUUAACAACUUUUACAAUUACAUUUAGAACUGGCUAAAUUAGCUAACGUUGAUUCAGUGAAUGAGUGCCUGUCACACUGUAAAAAAUGUACCUGUAAAUUUACAGUAAAAUACUGGCAGCAGUGAAUCCAGCAGUUUACCGUUAUUCUACAGGUUUCUACAGUUUCAAUACUGUUUUCCAUUUUACAGCUGUACUGUAAUUUCACAGUAAAGUACUGGCAAGAAUGGUUCCAGCCAUUUACCAUUAUUCUAAAGGUUCAGUACUGUUUUUCAUUUUACAGCUGUACUGUAAUUUCACAGUAAAGUACUGGCAGGAAUGGUUCCAGCCAUUUACCAUUAUUCUAAAGGUUCAGUACUGUUUUUCAUUUUACAGCUGUACUGUAAUUUCACAGUAAAGUACUGGCAAGAAUGGUUCCAGCCAUUUACCAUUAUUCUAAAGGUUCAGUACUGUUUUUCAUUUUACAGCUGUACUGUAAUUUCACAGUAAAGUACUGGCAGGAAUGGUUCCAGCCAUUUACCGUUAUUGUAGAGGUUCAAUACUGUUUUCCAUUUUACAGCUGUGCUGUAAUUUCACAGUAAAAUACUGGCAGCAAUAGUUCCAGCCAUUUACCAUUAUUUUACAGGUUCAAUACCAUUUUACAGCUGUACUGUAAUUUCACAGUAAAGUGCUGUCAGGUGGGUUUCCAGCGGUGUACCGUAAUUCUACAGUGUUAAUAUAAUAUUCUCUAUUACAUCUUUUCUGCAAUUACAAUGCAUAUUACUUCCAGCAGUUUCUCAAGCUAUUCAAAUUAAUACAGCUGUAUUAAAAUAUCUUAAUUCAAUAUCUGUAAUAUUUCUAUACACUGUCAAACACAUUGCACUAUUACAUAUAAAUGUGGCAAAUGCACAAAAGUAGGAUUUUAAAAUUGAAAAAAAAGGAAGAUUGAGGUGUUUGUUCUUGUGCACUAUUUAUUAAAAAAUAAAUAAAUAAUAAAAAAUACACUGAAUCAACCAGUCAGUCAAAAUACAAUUAAAUAUAUAUAUAUAUGACUACAAAAUAAAUCUAUUCUAUUUUAAUAGAAUCUAUUUUAAUAUAUUAAAAUACCUUUAAAAUGAACCUUCAUGAGAACAGUCAAAACAUUACCACCUAUUAUUCUUGACCGCAAAAUAUCCGCUUUAAGAUUAGUUGAUUUUAAAAUGUUCAAAGAUUAGAGAAAAAUUACGAAAUAAACAAGAAGUUAGGGGUAAGCAUCACUCCUUUGAAUGAAUUCUAACAUGUAGCAUGCCACCUUUUUCAAAUGCUUUUGAAAAAAACAAUUACAAAUUUGAUCAAUUUUAUGUCUCUCAUUAGUCAAUCCAUGUUUCUGCUCCUUCAUGCUUUAAUUAUGAGAUUCUAACUGAUCAGAAUCAGAUGAGGACUGGCAGAUAUAGAGCGAGUGUCUCUUUACAUCAUCUGCAGUCGAAACAAACCUGUGGGGAAAAACACACAAUACAAUUUAGAACAUAACUUAGAGGCGUAAAGAAACACAAAAAGAAAAAAAAUGAACAAAAUAUUCACACCUGCAUGCAACACCAGUCUCAUGUUUUCCUUAAAAUGUUCCAUCAGAAGCUUGAUAUCUUUGUGACCAGCCAUCCAUCAUUUUUUUAUUUUUUUUAAUUGAUCUGCUUCUUAAGUACUCCGUGAACAUGAAACAUUAAGUCAAAUGAGGUGAAAUACCUAAAACUGUAAUCAGGUUUGCACUUUUCAACAAAUGAGUUGUAUAACCUGCAAACUUUCUGAUAUGUAGUCUUUAGUCCAAUUUAAUAUUUGUAAUUGGAUUUGCAUCGGCUGUGGAAAUUUACUGCCAUGAGGAGAUAUGAAUAACUUUGUGUUAAAGACUAUCCCUUACAAAAAUUGACCAUGGUUUUACUAUAGUAAUUUUGUAGUAACCAUGGUUUUGAUACGAUUGACCAUGGUUUUACUUCGGUAAUACUGUAGUAUACAUAUAAUAACUAUGAUUUUACUACAGUAAUAUUGUAGUUACCCUGACCACAUGUUAACUUUGUUGAAUGGUUUUACUACAAAUACCAGCUGUAGUAAAGCUGUGGUUAAUUUUUGUAAGGGUACGGAUGUAUGUUAAAUCAUGCACUGUAGUUUCCGUUAGGAACUUCAUUUAGUUUUGUUCAUUGCAAAGUGUAAAACUGACAAGAAACCUGACUUUGCUCACCUGGUAUUCACUGAUGAAAAGUAAUGUUCGCCAGCUGUGGAUAAUUGCCGCUUCCACGCUCGUUUAGUUCACAGCCAAAGCGGUCGGUUGCAGAGGAUUCUGUUGGGUCCUAAAGCCGCAAUUAAUGCGACCGGCUACAAUUUCUCACGGCGGCUGAAAUGGUUAAAAUAUAAAGUAUAAUUUCAUAGGAAAGUUGGGAGAAAUUUCUAGAAGUGAGGAGGACAUGUCCCCAGCAAAUGCUGAUAUAACACUUAACAAGCUUGCAAGAAAUGUGAUGCUAACCUUAGUUGGCUUUUCACCACGAAUGACCAGAGCACAUUCAAUCAUACUCUUACACAGAAAAAAAGACACUGGAACUUUAAAAAUCAUAUUUACUUAGUUCGCAAGUCAAGAGUAAAUAAUAACAGGGAGAGAAGACAAGCUAACGAGCCACAUGUGUUUGCUUGCAAAAGCUAAUCGAAUGAUAGCUAGGAAUGAGGAUAUAAUCAAGUUUACUGUCUUUUGGCUUUAGGCAAAAGGGCAUUGUUAAGGCCGAUUUUAUACUUCUGCGCGAACCUGCGCCACGUGGACUUAGCAAGAAUAGUGGCUCUGUGUGUUCCAGUGAAACGAAGAUGUCCAUAAUGCCCCACCCCACCACCCUAAUGUGAAGUUAUUUACAGUGUAAUACCAUAUUUGUAGAAAACAGUUCAGUACUGUUGAUAAGUCUGUACAUUUACAGUAAUUUUUUACAGUGUGGUGAAUGUCCAAUUAUCAUAAUGUAAGGCAAGCACGUCGCAGUUGCCAUAUUUUUCAGUGGCAUUUAGCAUCAGAUUUGGCUGUUCUAAUAAAUAAUUAUUUCAAAUUGGAUCGUAUACACAUAAUGUUUUUGACUGUUGUCUGAGGGCUUCUUUUUGACUAGUUGAUUACAAAUUUUUAUUUAAACAUCAAUGAAAUUGGUCAUUGUGCACAUCCCAAAUGUAAAUACAGUGA